GUGAUGAUCCCCAACCAUGGUACGGCUUCUCUCGAAAAAAUCACAACAUGUCGCUUUCAAAACAGUUUAAAAAACUGGCUGUAUCAUGUCUUAUCCACAAUGCUCGUGUAUUCAGUACAAGUGGAUGUCGACUGAGUAACACACUACUACACAGAACCGUCAACAGACAUCGACAGAUCAAGGGUGGAGCAGCGGAUUACCAAGACAAUGAGGAAGAUGCCAGCGAUGACACAGGAGUGAGGGGUGUGGACCUACACAUCCAAAUGGACGGAAAACCCAAACCACAAAAGGAAGUGGAUACUUUUAAAGAGAAGUAUCCGGAUUUCUUGCCCCGCACUGACAGAGCCUGUAGACGAGAUUAUGUACUAGAAAUGUUGCACAGGCGAGACAUGUUUAGACGGAGACAAAAUCUCAGUAUACCAGAGUUUUAUGUUGGUAGUAUUGUAUCGGUGACCGUCACUGACCCCUACUCCCCAACCAAGGAGAACAGGUUUGUCGGGAUUUGUAUCCAGCGACAAUUUUCUGGACUUAGUCACACUUUCACCCUCAGAAACAUCAUAUAUGGCCAAGGUAUAGAAAUCAAGUACGACCUAUAUAACCCAAACAUCUUAAAAAUUGAGUGCCUAAAGACAGAGAAAAGACUGGACCCGGAACUUCUGUACCUCAGGGACUGUCCCCCAGAGUUUUCCACGUUUCCUCUGGACAUGGAGAAAGUCCCUGCCCCUAAAGGCAAAGACGUGCCAAUCAAUGAUGUCAAGAUUCCACUGAAUAAACCACCUUGGUUAGAGAGGUGGGAGAGGAGGAAAGAUCUAAAGGGAAUAACGGGAAAUGACCGGAGACUGACGUAUCGGCAGAAGAAGCGAGCUGUGCUUUCCGAGAAGCCGUGGCUAGAAAACGAUAUCAUGUUAGAGUACCGGCGCUCACUGAGGGAUGACGAAGUCCAGCACAUCAAAGGCGUCGUGGAAAAGUUCCUAGAGAGGGAACAACGGAGGAAAGAGGAGGCAGAAAAAGAAAUGGCUGAAGAGAGUUGAAUGUUGUGUUUACUGGGUGGAACAUGUUUGUGUUUGUAUACUAGAUAAUAAAAGUGAAUGCUGAA